AUGGGGGAAGAGCCAGCUGAUGGCGCGGUUAUAGGAGAGGCCAUCAGUGGCGAAGCCGGUGUCGACGAGGUCCGCAGGGAAGGCGACGAAUCCAGGCGGAGACGGUGGGAAAGAGGCGAGCAGUGCCGCACGGAGGUGGUGUUCAGCGCCGACGCGGUUGGAGGGCCAAUGGAUGAAGGAGAGAUGAAUGUUGCGAAGCGCGGUACGUUGGAAUAUGCCAGGAGAGACAAUCAUGGUGAAGAUGAGAAUGACAAUGUGCAUAAUCAUGGUGAUGGAAUGUACGGAGAAAAUGCGGAGUUGCCUGUCGACAAAGGUGGAUAUGACAGUGAAGAAUCAGAUGGAUGCAAAGAGGAGCACUCCAAGUUACAUGUCGUCUUCUCGCUGCUGCAGUUGAAAUCAACCAACGGAUGGAGUGACAAGAGCUUCACAGAGCUUCUGCAGUUGAUCGGAGACCUCCUUCCAGCGGACUUGGAUGUGUGUCCAGUUUGUAAAACACCGCGGUAUAAGGGUGGAGAUAACGAUGAUGAUGCUAAUGAUGACAGUGGUGGCCCCGACCUAAAGAAAAGGAAAGUGCCCGUUAAGGUUGCAAUAAUCCCUCGGAUUGAACGCAUGUUUGCAAAUAAGAAGCAUGCAAAGAUGAUGCGUUGGCACCACGAAGAGCGUAACAAGGAUGGGAUGAUAAGACACCCUGCCGACGGAUCUCAAUGGAGAAAGAUAGAUAGAAAAUACAAAAAGCAUUUUGCGCAGGAGACUAGGAAUAUAAGGUUUGGGCUGAGCACAGAUGGGAUGAACCCGUUCGGUGACUUGAGCAGUCGGCAUAGCAUGUGGCCAGUGGCACUUGUUAUCUACAACCUUCCUUCAUGGUUGUGCAUGAAGCGCAAGUAUAUAAUGAUGCCAUUUCUAAUCCAAGGGCCUAGGCAACCUGGCAACGAUAUUGAUGUCUACUUCAGGCCAUUAGUGGAUGAUCUUAAGUUUCUAUGGAACCGGAGUGCGCAGAUGUGGGAUGCGUACAAAAGAGAGUACUUCACCUUCAGGGCAAUGCUGUUUGUUACCAUCCAAGAUUACCCAUGUGCUGGCAACACAUCCGGGCAAACAGUGAAAGGUGGUUGUGCAUGUCUGCAAUGUAUGCUGGAAACAGCGAGUAGGUGGCUAAGGUACUCCAAAAAGACCGUGUACAUGCGGCAUCGGAGGUUUCUUCCAGCCGGCCACCACUAUUGUAGCAAUACAAGAGAUUUCGAUGGCACUGUGGAGGAGGGUACAGCUCCAACACAACGUGAGGGCAGAGACAUUUUCAAUGAGGUGAAAGAUAUUGAAUGUAUAUUUGGUAAGGGGCCUAGCAGUACAAGCGCAACGAGUAAGGGUGGUGAGAAACCUUUUCGGAAGAAGAAAUCUAUCUUUUGGGGACUACCAUAUUGGAAAGAUUUGGAUGUCCGCCAUACAAUCGACGUGAUGCACGUUGAGAAGAAUAUGUGCGAGACUUUGAUGGGAAUCCUGCUAAACAUACCUGGCAAGACAAAGGAUACGUUGAACGCACGAAGAGACCUCGUAGACAUGAACAUCAGGCCCGAGCUCCAUCCUCAAGAACGUCACAAUGGCCGCCAGUACCUACCUCCUGCAUGCUACACCCUUAGUGCUGCAGAGAAAAUAAGCCUGUUGGAAUGCCUGCAGAGUGUCUGA